GUCUGUCUUGCUCAGCUGUUCCUCCAAUCAGGAUCAGCGUACAAUUGUGUGAGCGAGCUUGGAGAGCUGGGAUUGGUUGAAUUCCGAGACUUGAACCCCAGUGUCAAUGCCUUCCAGAGAAAGUAUGUUGGGGAGGUGCGACGCUGCGAGGAGAUGGAGAAGACCUUCACCUUCCUGGAGCAGGAGAUCCGGCGCUCCCUGUCCCCGCCGCUGUCCGGGCCCCUGCCCCUGCCCGGCCCGGCCCCCCCGGCCCCCCAGGCUCGCGAGGCCCUGCAGAUCCAGGAGGAGAGCGAGCGGCUGGCCCAGGAGCUGAGGGAGGUGUCCCGGAACAGGGACUCUCUGAGAUCGCAGCUGGCCAGCCUGACCCAGUACAAGAGAGUCCUGCAGCAGACUCACUCGCUGACGGGCUCGCUGACUCAGGUCAGUCUGUCUCCUGUCGAAUCCGGAGCGGAGCACAGACAGGAUGUCCGCCUGAGCUUCAUAGCGGGUGUGAUUCACCCCUGGAAGGUGCCUGCGUUUGAGCGACUGCUGUGGCGGGCCUGUCGCGGCUACAUCAUCGUCAACUUCCGUGAGAUGGAGGAGCCGGUGGAGGUGCCCGAGACUGGAGAGAUGGUGCAGUGGACAGUUUUCCUCAUCUCCUAUUGGGGGGACCAGAUUGGCCAGAAAGUGAAGAAGAUCUGUGAUUGCUAUCACACCAAUAUCUUUGCCUAUCCAGAGAGUGCCAACGAGAGGCAAGAGAUCCUGGAGGGGCUGGAGAAGCGAAUAGAGGAGAUCAUAUCGGUGCUGUCCCAGACGGAGCACUUCCUCCAGCAGGUCCUCAGCAAGGCGGUGGCCUCGCUGCCCCAGUGGAUGGUCCAGAUCCGGAAGAGCAAGGCCGUCUACCUGGUGCUGAACAUGUGCAGCGUGUCGGUGACGGAGAAGUGCCUGAUCGCAGAGGUGUGGUGUCCUGUCACCGAGCUGCACCGGCUGAACACCGCGCUGAGAGAGGGAUCGAGCAAAAGCGGCUCAGGCGUCGAUUCGUUUUAUAACCGGAUCCCGUCCUCGGACGUCCCUCCUACGCUGUUCCGUACCAACUCCUUCACGGCUGGGUUCCAGACCAUCGUCGAUGCCUACGGAGUGGCCAGCUACCGGGAGGUCAACCCUGCUCUCUACACCAUCAUCACCUUCCCCUUCCUGUUUGCGGUGAUGUUCGGGGAUGUGGGCCACGGGAUUCUCAUGACCGUGUUCGCUCUGUGGAUGGUCUUGGAGGAGAAGGACCCCAAACUGAGAAGAAGCACCAAUGAGGUGUGUGCCCUCUGUGUGUGUGAGGGGGGUAUCUGGAGUUUGUCUAACAACCAUCUGAAUUUCCUCAACUCCUACAAGAUGAAGAUGUCUGUAAUUAUUGGGAUCAUUCACAUGACAUUCGGAGUCUGUCUCAGUGUGUGUAACUACAGGCACUUCCAAGAAAUCUCCAGUAUAUUCCUGGUCUUCCUGCCGGAGGUGGUCUUCAUGCUGUGUCUGUUCGGCUACCUGGUGUUCAUGAUUCUGUUCAAGUGGGUGGUGUACGGACCAGGGCAGUCCAGAACUGCCCCCAGCAUCCUCAUCCACUUCAUAGACAUGUUCCUGUUCUCCAGCAGCAAGGACAACGCCGAGCUGUACACUGGACAGGUACUGUCUGCACACCUGUCUGUCUGUCUCUCUGUCUCUGUACCCUGGACUGUACACUGGACAG